GUGAUGAGCAAUAAAAAGUGGGGCUGGUCUGAUUGAAGCAGGAGAAAACAGAGUCAGAGAGAAAAUAACGGUAGGUAAAGCAAAGAGGAGAAGCAGAAUCUUUCCGCAUUGUAUGGAUUCCAUAUUGGAUCAAGGAGGGGCUUGCUGAGGGAGGGGCACUGAAGACUCCUGGUGAAACGCUUAGUGUGAGGGAGAGGAGAAAAGAGACAGGAGGAGGGUGGGUGUGUGAUGUGUACCGGACCCACUGAAUCUGAGUGACAGUGCUUCGGGUGGAGGGCUUUGGAGAGGUGACUCACCUCAGCGCCUCCUCUAUGUUGCCAUGCUUAGCAACAACGCUUGAUGCGCUCGGAGGACUGAGGUGCUCCAGGAGUCCGAGGCAGGGGCGUAAUGGACAGCUCCACAUUUCCACCGGGGCUCCUGCUGGCUUCUCCUCAUGAUCCCCUCCAGUCCUCCUCAUCAGCGAGGCUGCACGCUCUGAACGGAUGCUGCUGUCCACACACAUGUGAGACUCACCCAUGAUCUCAGCUUGACUGCAUUACAGUUUGUGUGUUCUGUGGCAUGCUGCUAAUGAAUUUUCAACUGUCCACUAAAACAGCUGCUCUUCCUCUCGUUCUUGAUGACGUACACUGCAGGGCACUUGUUAUUCUGAUCUGAAUCAAGGCUUUUUGCUGCAAGUGAAGAAGAUGAACUCAGCAGCUCUCAAGAAUGGGAUGCAGCACAUGAAAAAAAGGCUGAAUGAAAACCUGCCAUCAAGAAGGAUUCAUCGGGCAUGUUGAUGAAGACGUGUGCCUGAGAAGUGGUUUGCGUCUGCAGUGAUAUCUUUUAACUGGCUGUUUCCAGAAACAAAAGAGCUGCCUGAGCUGCACCAGCAGUAAGCUGAUAGAGUUUUGUUCAAAUAUUGAAGAUGGAGGAAGAUCAGCAAAGAAAUCAGGGACCGAAAUAAAGAAACUUUAAAGCAGGAAUUUGGGGGAUGGAUGAAACCAAGGGUUGCUCUGCUGUUGAGUCUUCCAAAGAAAAAGUUCCUCUUCCUCUAUCUAAGUUUUUUGUCUCCGUUGUGCUGUGGGAAUCCUUCAUACCUCAACAAACUGGCAAACUUGUUCAUGGUCUUCUGUCCAGUUUCAUUCAUUGACCGGGAAUCCACUAAAGCCUGACCACAUGAGUGGAGGAGGCGCCCUGCAGCAACGCACCACCUACCUCAUCUCCCUCACCUUGGUGAAGGUAGAGGCUGUAGAGGAGAAUGGAGGGGAGGCCAAGAAAAGCACCCAGGAGAAGGAGGGGGAGUCCAGCCAAGGAAGAAGUCCAGGGGAAGAGGUUGAGGCUGAAGCUGGAGUUCCAGCACUGGCUGAGAAUGGAGCCGGGGUGGUUAGAGGAGAACCACAAAGAGGUCAGGAGGCAAAGGUUGAUGAAUUCAAGGAUGGAGAGAGAAAACAUCUCAGUCCUCAGAGAGAUGCCAUAGAUGAUGCAGGUAAAGCUCCUGAAAAGCCACCACGCAACCUCUCUAUCCCCUUACCUGCCGAGAGAGGGACAAUUCAGCAAAAAAAGUCUUCAGAUGUAGUUGAGUCAAUGCAAUGCCGGUCUCCAUUACUGAUCACAACACCACCAACAGAACUGGCGGAACCCAGCUGCACUCCAACCAGGACAAGCCUCCCCAUCCGUCCAGCAGGACAGCGGCCUGUGAGUCUGCUGAAGUCUCACAGCAGCGUGGCCACACGUGGCCGUGACUCCAGGGAUGGUCGGGAACGUAGCCCUACCUCGGCCCAAAGCCUCGAUCGAAAGGACUGCCGCGUAACAACGCGGUCGCCAGGCCCCUGCAGGGCCUCAUGGGCCGAGGCGAGCCGGCCCGAAGCUUGGAGGGAUCUACGUGCUGAGGUUCAAACUGGGGUGUCUAUGGACAUAGGAGGUGGUGUGACUGCAGUGAUGAGAGACAUCCCGAGGAAGGAUCGGCUGAAGACGGGAUCAGCCUCUCUACCUGCUCCUGCUAACCAAGUCCCAAAACCAGCACGCAAAGGUAAAAGCCGUACACUGGACAACAGCGACCUGAACAGCCUUUCUGAGGAGCUGGGGCUGGCCAGAGAUGGCCAGCCGGUGCAGCAGGGUCAACGGGGCUCUGCUAAAGACAGGAAGAUGCUCAAAUUCAUCAGUGGCAUUUUCACAAAGAGCAAUUCUGGGGCAGGAGGGCCAACAUCCACAGCACCUCCUGUCUACAUACAGAGAGAUUCCAGUGAGGAAGAAGUAAAUAUUGCCAACAGUCAGGAGUGGAUGCUGAGCCGAUCCAUUCCGGAGCUGAGACUGGGUAUUCUAGGCAGCUUGAAAAGUGGAAAGUCUGCACUGGUGAACAAAUACAUCACAGGCAGUUAUGCUGCAAUUGAGAAGCCUGAAGGUGGAAGGUAUAAAAAGGAAGUGCUGGUGGACGGUCAGAGUCAUCUACUACUGAUCCGAGAGGAAGCUGGAGCGCCUGACGCACAGUUCUGCAGUUGGGUCGAUGCAGUGAUCAUGGUCUUCAGUUUGGAGAAUGAAGCCAGUUUCCAGGAGCUUUACCAGCUCUACAGCCAGCUCAGUGCACACCGCUCUGACAUCCAAGUCAUUGUUGUGGGAACCCAAGAUAAGAUAAGCAGCACCAACCCUCGAGUGAUCGAGGAUCAGAGAGCCAGACAGCUGUGUAUCGAUGUAAAACACUCGCUGUUUUAUGAGACCUGCGCCACCUACGGGUUCAACGUCGAUCGAGUCUUUUCAGAAGCUGCCCAGAAGAUUGUAGCACAAAAGAAACAGGCAGCACUGCUGGCCUGUAAAUCUCUGCCCAACUCUCCGAGUCACUCUGGAGGCUCCACACCUGGAUCAGCGUCGUUGCCUGGACAGUCUUCUCAGGCCAGUAAUGGCCCUAGUAGCGGUUACGCCUGCUCCCUCCCCUCCACCCCCGUGGUGGGUCACAGAGAUCUGAGGACCGCUCAGAUGGAGGGGGGCAGCUCGCGUCUGAAGGGCAUACCUAGACGACCCUCCCUGUUUAAGAACCGGGACACGGACAAAAAACCAGGUGAUUCGAAGGGGGACCAGAGUGGCGUGCGGGGGGGCGUCCCCCUCAAACAGGGCAUCCUGUUCAAGAGGAGUGGCAAUUCUCUGAACAAGGAGUGGAAAAAGAAAUAUGUCACCCUGUCCAACAGUGGCACGCUGUAUUAUCACUCCAGCAACAGUGACCACACAAUGAAUAUUCAUGGGAAGGAGAUCGACCUGCUCCGUGUGACAGUCAAAGUUCCCGGGAAACGUCCUCCAAGAGCCGUUGCACCUGCCGGCCCCUCACCUGUGCCCCCAGCUGCUUUACUUGGAGUUAAUGGGCUCAGCAAGGACCCGGCAGCAGCUGAUGGCACCAGCACAGUUCCUCAGCUGUGUCCUUCCACGCUAUCUGUUGCUGACGACCGGCCCGGUGCUUUGUCUCCUCAAGGUGGCGAGAGAGGACUUCAACGCUGCCCUUCAUCACUGUCUGCUAAAGCACAAAGUGUUGAUGGCCUUGAAGUGACUGCCGGUACAUUUGCCGGAAAAGAUCCCGGCCAAGCAUCUCCAAUGAGCGACAGGAAGAAGAACAGGAGGAAGAAGAGCAUGAAUCAGAAAGGCGAUGCCGCUGUUGGCCAAGCUGAGGAGGAAGAGAAUGCAGACUUUAUUAUAGUUUCCUUCACUGGCCAAACAUGGCACUUUGAGGCUCCAAGCCUGGAAGAGAGGGACUCAUGGGUGACAGCUAUAGAGAGCCAGAUCCUGGCAAGCCUGCAGUCCUGUGAGAGCGGCAGAAAUAAGGCACGGAGGAGCAGUCAGAGCGAGGCUGUGGCACUGCAGGCCAUCCGAAACACCAAAGGCAACAAUCUGUGUGUGGACUGUGAAGCAUUAAAUCCCACCUGGGCCAGUUUAAAUUUGGGGGCCCUCAUCUGCAUCGAGUGCUCUGGGAUCCAUCGGAACCUGGGAACUCAUCUGUCUCGCGUUCGCUCUUUGGACCUGGACGACUGGCCGGGGGAGCUCACGCAGGUUUUGGCUGCCAUUGGAAACCACACGGCCAACAGCGUGUGGGAGAGCUGCACCCAGGGCCGAACCAAACCCACACCCAACGCAACGCGAGAGGAAAGGGAGUCGUGGAUCCGAGCGAAGUAUGAGCAGCGUGCCUUUGUGGCUCCUCUUCGGCCCGCCUCUGAUGACAGCAUGCCAGGAUCACUUCUGUCUGCAGUGACCGAGAGGGAUCUGCCCCGGCUGCUGCUUCUUCUGGCCCACAGCACCAAGGAGCAAAUCAACACCCAGCUGGCCGCAACGUUGUCGCCCACUCGCACGGCUCUGCACGCUGCCUGCCAACUGGGAGACGUGGUCAUGACCCAGCUGCUUGUCUGGUAUGGAAUCGACGUGAAAGCGAAGGACAGCCAGGGCCAGACCCCCAUGAUGAUUGCAAGAAAGACCGGGAGCAAAGGCUGCAUGGAUAUUUUGCUCCAACACGGGUGCUCCAAUGAGACGUCCCCCACCGCCGCCACUCCGAUCCUCUCCCGCCGCUCCAGCACUGCCAGCCUGGGUCGAACCAGCUCCAGGAAGUGGGUGUCAUAGCCCGGACUGAUCAUGGUACCGCUAUAGCUAUAGAGGACGCUCAGAGUUUAGAGAUCCGUUAAAAAGCGGAGCACACUGUGGUGCCACAUCAUGACGGGACUAAAUAACAAAAUGCAAAGGAUAAAAGAAAAGAAAACUGUUACUGAAGACUGAACAACAUAUCAAACAACAUGAUAGCAAUAUUCAUCCAGUGAGUCCAUCACUGACAUAUUGCUGAAAUACUGUCCUGUAGAACUGUAGCGGUCUUCUGUCAUUCUUAGUCCAGCUGUCUGUCUGCUUCUGUUUCACUUCCUUCUGAUGAAGUGCAAUAAUCCAGCUUUGUCGAUGAAGAGCAACGGUUUUGGGUGUGAACAGUGUCAGCCGACAGUGCGCUCAUCAUCCGACGACUUUCUUCCAACUUUUGUUGUGACUGGACCAAAUUUUUGUUUUUUCUUUGGCUUUAAAGAUGAAACCCUGACCUCCAGUAUGUGUCAGUUCAGCCGAAAUAAACAGUUUCAGCCGAGAAAAUGCAGCUUGAUCUAAAAAAUGAAGUCUGUGUUCCUACCCCUAGAUGCAAAAUCUAUACAACAUCGCAAAGAUGCACCCAAAGGGACUCAGCUUUGUAAAAAUGAUUUGUGAAAAGUAUGUCGGGUUUGUUUUUCAUUGUCUUUUUUAAUUUCUUAUUGCCGUACAUUCCACGAAGCAGUGAGCCGAUGUGAACAUGUAGUAUGUAACCAUGUGUUGAAACAUUUAUUCAGGUUCGAAGAGAGACUACAUGAAGAUGCUAUUCACAUUUAUAUUACUGUUGUGUAUUGAUCCCCUGAUUUAAAAGUCAAGUAUGAAGCAGUUUGGACACUUUGUGGAUCCUGUGAAUUCCAUAUGACUUAAAUAAAAAUAAAAAGUUUUUAUUAGCAAUAACCGAA